UAUGUUUAACAUAAAUAUUCAUUCAUAUACUAUAACAAUUUCCUCAAGAUAUACAGAGAAGCGCAUUAAUUUAACAACUUUUUGUUUCAAGUGCUGGCGAGACCAGAAGCGUAAGGCCCGAGAUGAGGGUGCGGCCUUAAACAAGGCCAAAAAUGCCACCGGCAAUUGUGUGGAGAUGCCGUCAAUCUCCGACAACGCAGUGCAUGUUUUGCAUGCAAUUAGCCAGGAGAUGGCAGUGGGUUGUGGUCCUGAGGAGUCACCAAUUGGUUUCACUCAGGAAACCACAACCCCACUGCCAGCUCUUAGCCAAUUGCAUGCAGAACAUGCACAAGAACCGGAACCAUGCCCCAGCACCUCGGGCAUGGGUGUGGUGGUUUCAGGACCACAAACUGGUCAGCCCCCACGGAGACGAGCUCGCAAAUCGCUGCCUCACGAUAAGUUCUUGGAGGCGCAAUUAGAGAACAACAACUUAUUAAGAGUAAGAUAAUCCUUAGAAUGGGCAGAUGUAUUCUGCCUUUAUAUCCAUAAAUUGUUGAUGGUGUAACUACAGUGUAUUGUGUAUUUGUUUGGUUUUAGGAGGCGAACGCUUUACGUCGGGAAGCU